AUGAAGCGAAGCCUCUCAAUGGUGUCACAGGGCCAGUCAGGAGCUGGCGGGGUGACCAGUGCAGCGCGCGCAGCUGCAGAGAAUGCGACCGAGGAUCUUUCUGAUUCAGGUAAGCCCCCCGCCCCUCCCUCGCUGCCAGGCUUUGCUGUUCAGGUUGAUGGACUGCAGUGCAACAGUGCAACGCUUGUUUUUGCACUGAUCGUUGGUGGUGCACAGCUUCCAACGUUAACUGCUUCAUGCUGCAGUCGUUUAAAGCAGUUUUGUCUUCGCCACGGGGCCGUGUUGCUGGGCGUGCUCAGCACUUGCUUCCUUGUGAUUCUUGACUGCAUGCAACUGCAGGGAGCGCGUGCGGGUGGAUUUGUGUUAUCGAUCAACUCAUCAUGA